GUGCCUGGCGGCUUCUCCGCUCCGGGCGCAGGGGGCGACGACGCACGAUGACGACCCGGAGCGGCAUGCCGAAACAGGGCAGCGCGCCGAACGGGGAGACGGUCCCAGCCGAAGGAUUUGAGUGCUGACUGAUGGAGCAGGGAUGCGUGACCAUGACAUGAUACAGAACCUUCGGAGUAUCGCCCAUGAAAGCUUUCUUUUUUUCCUUCCCUACCUACCUACCUACAAACCCUUACAUAGAUAGGUAUUCUUUUUCCUUCCAUCUUAGCUUACGAGGAAAGAACGAAGAGCGAGGAUGGCAUUUGAGCUGCGCCGUCUGCUGGUUCUUUUAUUAGCCGACACGGACGCCCAUCAUCCGCCCGACUCAUUGCGACAGUCGAUCUCGAGAUUGGACGACACACGCGGCGAAGAAGAAAGAGAGAAAAAAAAAAAAAAAGCGAUGAUGAGUGAUCCCCUAAGUUUUCCCGCCUCGCCUCGCCCCGCCUCGCCUCGCCGGUCUAUCAAAAAAAGUCGCGACGAGCGAGGAAGGAGCUCGCUCGAGCACGUCCACCGCCGCCGCCGCCAUCGCCGCAGCAAAUGUCUGCUCCCGCGCGUGACACGCCCGGCAGAAAGGGCGCAACAGUGCGCCGCCCAUGGUCGCCCACCAGGGUCAGGUCUAGCUUGUCUAGUCGACGUCCUGACCGCCUGCGAUCAGAGCUCCCUCCCUUCUCCCUCCUCUGAGUCUCCGUCCCGUGCCACUUGCUAAUAAUGAACAAGACCCUGGCGCCGCCACAGACACACACACACCACGGCACACGCACGCACACACGCACCCUCUGCGCUCUGCGCGCUGAUCUUAUGCCUUUUUCGCUUUGCGCGC